CCCGCCCGCCCCGCAGCCCCGGGAGGCUGGCAGAAUGGGGCCCUGUCCGCUGCCUCCGUGAGUCAUCGCUUGGGUCCAAACAGCGGGAGUGAMGGAGAGCUGAACUUUACCUCCUCUUGUGUCUAAAGGAUGACUUACUCAGCUYUUUAAUGUCCUCCAUGAGCGGUCUCUACGUUCUUGGUGUAUUAUUUUACUUUGGAAAGGUCCUUGUGCUCAAAGACGACRCAAAUAGUCUUGCUGCCAAGAACAGGGUCUUUGGUUUUGGACUCCAGCAUUUGCUGUUGCUGUGUUCUUGACUGUCCAUGGUCAGAAGGACCAUAUGGAGCUAGAUGAUGAUAUCGCUAGGGCGUACAGACAAACAGCACCAUACAGAGCCCAAGGAGACCUGCAAACCGAGGAGCACUUCCAGACAUACUUCAAAAGAAACCUCUCCUCUACCUUAUGUGGGGAAAUACAAAUCCCUCGAGUCCACCGGCGCCUCCACUGCAGGUUCUCCUGGAAAAGAUUCAAAAAGAUCAUAUUCAAGUUGUUUCCUAUCCUGAAUUGGCUUUUUUCGUAUCGCUUCAGAGAGUGGCUCUUGAGAGACAUCCACGCAGGCUUAAGUGUUGGCAUGUUUCAGAUUCCUCAAGGACUACUCGGAGUUUUGCUGACCAGGCUACCUUUGCCAGUUAUCAAUGGCUUCUAUUCUGCAUUCUGCUGCUCGAUGACUUAUGUCAUAUUUGGGACUUCGCAUCAUAUCUCAAUCGGCUCGUUCAGCAUCCUAAAUGCAAUGGUGGCAAACGUUCUGAAGACUCUUAAUUUCAACCAAAUAUUGUCCUCUAAUGCCUCACUAGCCAACUUCUCAGAUCCCACGUUUAUGAAAAAUUACAUGGAGGCCUUGACACUUACGGCAUCRACAACAUUUUUGACUGGCAUCAUUCAGUUGCUGUUAGGCUGUUUUUGCCUGGGGUUUGUCACAACGUAUUUGCCAAAGACUCUCAUUGAUGCCUAUCUCACUGCAGCAGCGUUGCAUGUCAUUGUAUCGCAGUUUAGCUUCAUCUUUGGCAUCGUGAUUGACUUCCACAAGGGUCCCCUGGACAUUUUCUAUAAUCUGUUUCAUUACUUCCUGGUCCUCCCAAAGGCAAAUGCCACCAGCAUAUUGCUGUUUAUGGUCUGUGUGGUCUUGCUGCGAGUCAGUAAAUACAUCAAGAUAACAUAUAAGCACAGUCCUAUUGCAUUUCCCAUGGAGCUUCUCUUGAUUGUCACAGUCACCCUUAUUUCUAAUCGUAUCCAUCUUCACGCUGAAUCUAGUAGGGUUGUCGUCAGUAUGAUCCCUCACAGGUUUUUCCCUCCUACACGGCCAGAUUUAUCAAACCUGAACAAGAUUGUAUUCCAUGCCUUCUCCCUUGCUAUUGUAAGCUACUUCCUUCUUGUUUUUGUGGGAAAGAAAUAUGCUUCACUUCACAACUACAAUAUUGCCAGCAAUCAGGAGCUAAUAGCUGUGGGGCUGUGCAAUAUUUCCAGCUCAUUUUUCAAAAGUUUUGCUGUCAGCUGUGCUCUUUCUGGAACUGUCAUUCAAGAGAAGACAGGUGGGAGAACCCAGUUAGCAGCAGCUAUUGGAGCCUCCAUAAUGCUGGUGUUUGUGCUGAAACUAAGAUACUUCUUCCAGGCUAUGCCUAACGUUGUACUGGCUGCUAUUGUGGUAGUUAACAUGCUCCCAUUCCUUGAAAAAUUUCUGGAUAUCCCAACCCUUUGGAGACAGGAUAAGUAUCACUUAGUUAUUUGGCUCGUGACUUUUGCAGCAGUCCUUUGUCUUGGCCUUGACGUUGGUUUAGCCAUCUCCAUGGGCUUCACCUUCUUCGUAAUCACUGUGAGGUCACACAGGAUGAAGAUGGUGGUGCUGGGACAGAUUCCAAACAUGAAUAUUUAUAGAAGUUUAUCCGUCUACAAAGCUGCAAUGGAGAUUGAAGGUGUUAAAAUCUUCCAGUGCUGCUCUUCCAUCUCUUUUGCAAAUAUGAAGCACUUCAAAAGCUACUUGUUAAACAAGAUGGACAUGAAAGCAGUGCCUCUUGAUGAAAAUGAAAUGAGGGCUUUAAUUUCAGUUAGUCUGUCUGACACUACAGUGCAAGGAAAAGAUUUUAAAUGUGCCUGUGUCUGCAAUCAACCUGAACCAACACCUAGGAUACCGUAUACAGAGAAACUGGUGAAGCGACAUCAAACAGGCAGUGAUUCCUCAUCAUCUUCAUUUAAUCUGGUGCAUUGGUCGAAGUACGGAGACAGACCCAGCUCCAGGAUACUCCUGGUGGGAGCAACCCAAGCACAGCCUGCAACCCCGGGCCCUAAACCGGGGCUUGAGACUGGGAAGAGCCAGGACGAGGGGAAGGGAACUUGCCCUUCAUCGGGCUCGGCAGUAGAGAAUUCCUCAGUGCUGCUGCAGGAGGAAAGAGAACAGAGAACACGUUUGCUGUGUCCAAUCCAUACCAUUAUUUUAGACUUCAGCAUGGUACAAUUUGUGGAUUUGCAAGCCUCGGACUUACUGCGGCAGAUCUUCUAUAUGUUUCACAAUAUUGGUAUUACAGUCCUAAUAGCCAGCUGUCACUUAUCCGUGAUAGCAAUCUUCGAGAAGAACGAUUUCUUUGACAGCUGUAUCACCAAGGAAAGGUUCUUCCUGACGCUGCAUGAUGCCGUGCUGGCUGCUUUGGAGAAGCAGCAGAGGCAAGAGGAGCUCGAGUUUGCCAAUCGAUCUAUUGAGAGAGAGUUUGAUGAAGAACCAUUUGCUGAGCAUCAGAAGGAGAGAAGCUCAUUCUUGGAGAAGAACAAGGAUGGUCCCUCCGGGAAGAGCUCUGACAAUGACUUUCUGCGCGACGAGCCCGUGUCCGUUAUCUCCGGCUCAACGCAGAAUGAAGCGGAGCCAAGUCCUGCCCAGCAGCACGAGCCGCCGGGCCAUCAGCUGGACUUCCAUAACCCCGGCUGGGAUGAGAGAUGGAAGUAUCCCGGCAACCCCUGACCUACAGGCCUUCAAGACRGGAAUUUCAGUAGAGAGGAGAAAGGUACCACUAGCAACAGCUCAGGUGGUGCCUGCCAGCAUCUCAUCCUUUCUGU